AUGGCGGCCACGGGGAGCGCCCCGUCCCCCAGCAAGGGCAAAGUCCUGCUGACCGGCGGAACCGGCUUCAUCGCCUCGCACGUUUUAGACUGCCUUCUGGACCAUGGCUUCGACGUUGUGGUGACAGUUGUCAAGUCGGACCCGCCCUUUGACUACGUCGUGCACACGGCGUCGCCCUACCAGCUGCACUGGGAUGACCCGGUGCGGGACUGCCUCGACCCGGCCAUCAAGGGCACGACGGGCAUCCUCCGGUCAAUCCACGCAUAUGCGCCCAACGUCAAGCGCGUGGUGAUCACCUCCUCGUCGGCCGCCAUCCUGCGCCCGCCGAACCACCCGCCCGUCUACGACGAGUCGUCGUGGUCCGACGUGACCUGGGAGCAGGCCCUCGACCCGGCGCACACCUACCGCGCCAGCAAGAAAUUCGCCGAACAAGCCGCCUGGGACUUCCUCUCCUCCACCACCCCUCCGCCCUCCUUCACCCUCGCGACCAUCAACAACAGCUACACGUUCGGCCCGAUCCCGCGCAGCCUCGACAGCCUCGACGCGCUCAACACGUCGAACCACCGCAUCCGCGACCUCGUGCUCGGCCGCUGGCGGCGACAGCAGUCCUCAACAAGUACCACCACCACCUCGGGCAGCGUCAGCGGCAGCGACGGUGGCGGCAUCCCGCCCACGUCGCCGGUCUUCACCUUUGUCGACGUGCGCGACGUGGCGCUGGCGCACGUGCGCGCUCUGACGGUCCCAGCAGCCGGCAGCAAGCGGUUCUACGUCGUCGGCGGGUACUUCUCCAACGCGCAGAUCGUCGGGGUGGUGAGGAAGCGGUUCCCCGCGCUGCGAGACAGGCUGCCGGGCGAGGACGAGGAGGCGGCCGCGGAGGACUUCCCGCGGGACCAUUGGCGGUUCGAUAACGCGCGCUCCAGGGAGGUGUUGGGGCUGGAGUACAGGGGGCUUGAGGAGAGCGUGGUUGAUACGGUGCGGUCCAUUUUGGCGUUUCAGGGGGCGAAGGAGUAUACGCGACGGAGGAGCUGA